AUGACUGGCAAUGCUGUAUUCUUCGAGUCUCCAGUACCAAAGGUGUAUCGGGUCCUUCCACCCUCUAUUGCCGAGCUGUCAGAAGUGUUGGCAUAUGUGUUUCUUGGACCUUCUCGCCCGCAUGUCCAGGACCAUCAACGCGUUCCUCUGCUUGUGAAUAAGAAUAAAGUCAAACGAGCUCUAGAGUGGCUCAAACUCAACCAUUGCGACUACGCCGAUCUCGAGAUAUCGUAUGCAAAUUUAAAUGAAUAUCCCGAGAAUAUCCCUCCAGUAUCUGUUCAGUUCACGAAGGUUCCCGAUCAUGAUCCCUAUGAGAAUUUGGCCCUACAUCAGACCGAAGAUCCGUCUGCCACAGCCUCAGGUGAAUGUAAUUUCAUUGUACAUGGUCUAACUGGAGAACAUAUAGACGGGGCACCCGGUAAGCUACUCGCAGCGGAGUCUCUCAAACAUCUUAAGAAUGGUGGUAAGGCAUUGGGUGUUGGUAGAUCUGAGCGACCGCAGUCAACCUAUGAUAAUCCUCAACUUUAUCCUCAAGCAUUUCCAUGGCUCUUUCCCUAUGGACUAGGAGGUAUAGAAAAUGACCGCGGUAUACAGCCAGUUCCUCGGUCUGUACGAAUGAAAGCACUCUUGAUGUACCACGAUAAA